UGUUGUGGAUCCGGGGCAGGCGCAGCAUGGAGCCGGCGGCGGAGGGCGACGCAGAGAUACUGGGGGCACCCGACCCGCAGCUGGCGGCCACCAUGGGAUUCUCGGGCUUCGGGAAAAAAGCUCGGACUUUCGACCUCGAAGCGAUGUUUGAGCAAACGAGAAGAACUGCAGUAGAGAGGAGCAGGAAGGUCCUGGAGGCCCGUGAAAGAGAAAAGGAAGACCAGACUGAAAAGGAGUUCAGAAUUCCCUGUGCUGAGCCAUCAGCUUCAGCAUCCAGUGCAACAGGAGCUGGGUCCACAUUAACUGAAAGACAGACAGCCAGUAGUGAAAGUGAGGACAGCUCAAAUGAAGAGUUAACUGGUCCUUCCAUGCAAUCCCAGGGUUCUGCUAAAGGUGCAGCUGAGGAUACUGAUGAUGAUGAUGAUGAUGAGUUCAUUGGGCCACCACUUCCACCUGGGUUCAAGGAUAGUGAUGACGAUAAUGACAAUGAUGAUACAGAGGAGGAAGAUAAUAACCCUGUCAAGAAAAUUCCAGAUUCUCAUGAAAUUACACUCCAACAUGGAACAAAGACAGUUUCUGCUUUGGGGUUGGACCCUUCAGGUGCUCGUUUGAUAACCGGUGGAUAUGACUAUGAUGUAAAAUUUUGGGACUUUGCUGGAAUGGAUGCCUCUCUCCAAGCUUUUCGGUCACUCCAGCCUUGUGAAUGUCACCAAAUCAAAGCCUUGCAGUAUAGCAGCACAGGAGAUGUCAUUCUCGUUGUCUCUGGUAACUCUCAGGCAAAAGUUCUUGACAGAGAUGGCUUCCCAGUAAUGGAAUGCAUAAAAGGAGACCAGUACAUUGUGGAUAUGACAAACACAAAGGGUCACACAGCAAUGCUCAAUUCAGGCUGUUGGCAUCCAAAAAUAAAGGAAGAAUUUUUGACAUGUUCUAAUGAUGGAACUGUGAGGACAUGGGAUGUUAACAAUGAAAAAAAGCACAAAAGUGUAUUUAAGCCGCGAUCAGUUCAAGGGAAACGGGUGAUUCCUACAACUUGCACAUACAGCAGAGAUGGUAAACUUAUUGCAGCUGGCUGUCAAGAUGGCUCUAUCCAGAUCUGGGAUAGGAAUAUGAGUGUACAUACGAAGUUCCACUGCAGGCAAGCCCAUGCUUCAGGCACUGACACUUCAUGCUUGACAUUUUCCUACGAUGGUACUGUCCUUGCCAGCCGGGGAGGAGAUGAUACCUUAAAGAUAUGGGAUAUUAGACAAUUUAAAAAGCCUCUUAAUUCAGCAGAUGGACUGCCCAGCUUCUUUCCAAUGACAGAUUGUUGUUUCAGCCCAGAUGAUAAAAUACUUGUCACAGGCACUUCUGUUAAGAAAGGUGGUGGCAGUGGGAAGCUCUUUUUCUUUUAUCGUGAGACAUUCCAGAAGUUGUACGAGAUAGAAGUUACCGAUGCAAGUGUUGUGCGUUGCCUUUGGCAUCCCAAGCUGAACCAGAUCAUGGUUGGUACUGGAAAUGGCUUAGCCAAAGUGUACUAUGAUCCUGUCAAAAGCCAAAGGGGAGCAAAAUUAUGCGUGGUCAAAACAAAACGAAAAGAGAGACAAGCAGAGACUCUUACACAGGAUUACAUUAUAACACCCCAUGCGCUUCCAAUGUUCCGUGAGCCACGACAGCGAAGCACCAGGAAACAGCUGGAGAAGGAUAGGCUGGAUCCCCUGAAGUCUCACAAACCUGAACCUCCCGUAGCAGGAGCAGGUCGGGGUGGGCGUGUUGGAACCCAUGGAGUCACCCUGUCAUCAUACAUAGUCAAGAAUAUUGCACUGGAUAAGACAGACGACAGCAACCCUCGGGAGGCUAUUUUACGUCACGCAAAAGAAGCAGAGGAGAAUCCAUACUGGGUUGCUCCUGCAUAUGCUAAGACACAGCCAAAAACAGUUUUUGCAGAAGUGGAACCAGAAGAUGAUGAAACAGACAAGCCAGAGUGGAAAAAACGUAAAAUUUGAAAAAAAAAAAAUUGGUUUAAAGAAUAAUAUUAGAGCACUUGAGACAAAAUGAAACAUUAUUUCUUUAUUUUGGGUAGUGGAUCAAAAUUUGAAAGCAAAAAUUACUUCAAUUCAUAAAACUUGCUGCAUUAUAAAAGGGGAUUCUUGUACUUCACUGGCUUAAUCUCAGAUAGGAAUUUUGUAAUAAGGAAUUAAUUGUUCAAAUAACUCCUCUAUGUCAAGUUACUUAGCUUUGUGUUUGGAUUAAAAAAUAUUUCUUUAUAAAUAGUGAAUUCAUUAUAUCACCAAGUGUUUUUUUUUUCGUUACUGCCAAUCUUGCAAAUGCUUUGUCAUGACAGUGUUCAGUGAUUUUAAGUAUACCAAUAAAAUAAUGCAGUUUCUCAGAGUCCUUUUUAUUUUUUCCAGUUAAGUGCUAACAAAUUACUUCAUUCUUUACAAGUGCAGUGAAGUUUAGAUUAAUUAUUGUGGAAUAUUCCUGGUUAGCUAAUUCAUGUGUUCACAUGAGUUUGAAUUCAGUUCACACUCUGUGAAUUUUAGAAAACAUAUUUUCUAGUGUCCAUCCUUCUUUGCCUAAUGUUCCUUUUAAAUAUGUGUAGUAUCUCAAAGUAGUAUUGAAUACAGCUUUUAUUAAAAAAAAAAAAAAAGUAGAAUUGGAAUGGGCAAUUACAUAUUUUGAUUUAAUAAAAAUAAUGUGUUUAUUGCCUAGUUGGUGCAGAAUUUUGUGCAGUUUAUAUGUAUGGGUGAGUUUUAGGAUAGAGUAGAUCUACGUAGUUAAUACCAGGUCUUUACGUGUAUUGGCUUUGUUGUGUGCCUGAAUUAUGUAUAUCUGCCUCAUGCUCCCUGAAGACUGAUUCUAACCCUUAUAAAGUGUUACUUCUAAAUACUGAAA